GCGGCGCGGCGCCGCAGUUACCGCCCGACCGCCGUCGCGCCCGCACGCGCGCAUCGUACGCUCCGCACCGACACGUGAUCAGACGCGAACACAACACGCAAAGGAUUAACUUGACGGUGCAUGUGCUUCAGUGACGGCUUCUCAGUGCUUUGAAGUGGAGCCACGGGCUACCGGCGCCGCUGGGCCCGUGAUUGGCCCGGGCGGCGGUAUGGAAUCCCCGCAGAUGUACGACGCGGCCGCAGCGCCACCACCACCACCCCAACCAGACCUGAAGAAGGCAGUAGAGGAUAAGAGACAACCCUUCCCGCCACCGGACCUAGACGAGCUCAAUGGCCAGGAAAUCAGCCUUGACUUACAGCACCUCAUUGAGGACCAGUUCCGAAGUGAGGAGAGCAUGGCCUUAUUCCAGGAAAUACUUCCUGGUGGCAAAUCUCCUCAGCCAAGGUACAAUCGGACGACAUUGGCGUACAUGCCACAGCCAGUACACUCGGGGGCGUCUUAUGCACCCGUACAGACCAGCCAGGGGCACGAGCAGGCACCUCCCAUAAAGGAGGAACCGCCCGAGCCCCAUGACUAUCGCAGAUCAGUGACAUGCGCCCAGUACACUGGGCAAUAUAAUCCUCAGCCGACUGUCGGCGUCAGUGGACCGUAUGGAGGAGGAUUUACACCACUACCUCCUCUAGGAGCACCUUUGCUCCCUCCUCUACUGAAACACAAGCCCGCCCCUGCUAGACGCUCGUCUGGGAAGGUACUUGAUAAGGGAACGGAUGAGUACAGAAGGCGUCGCGAACGAAAUAAUAUUGCAGUGAGAAAGUCUCGUGAAAAAGCUAAAGUACGUUCUCGGGAAGUAGAGGAAAAAGUGAAGACGCUCCUCCGGGAGAAAGAAGUGUUACUAAAGAGGCUGGAGGCGGUGUCAGGAGAGCUGAGCCUGCACAAACAGAUGUACGUGCAUCUGAUCAACUUGAACCACCCGGAGAUCACGGAGCUGUGCCGCUCCAUGCUGCAGCUGGGCGCGCCGCAGGCGCCGGAUCAUUCACUCUGACCAUUAUAGAUGGAGUAAAAAUCGGCAUAACGCAAGCCCGUGUGAUACUGUGCAUUAACUAAACUUAACAAAAAAAAAAGAUAUAUGUGACGCCUCUACAUUGUAAGUUUAGUUAGCGGAAUUACUAUGUGAUUUUUACAGUUUACUUUUUUUUAUAAAUAUACACGGAUAGUUUAGAUUUUAAGCUGAAUAACGUAAGAUUAGAAGAAGACGUAACAGCGCAUAGAUGCAUACGAUUGAACUUAUUUUUGUUAAAGUUACAUUAUUAUGUAAUUAAUUAUUUAAUUGAAUUGGUACGUGAUUAAUUUCAUUGCAAUGUCACAGGUAAACAAACAUUAUAAUCACCAAUCCUGAUGCUUCCAUUUUUAUUUUAAAUGAAAAUUGUGUUCCAACUUUUGUGCAAUGUUGAAUUAUUCGAAUGCACAUCACUACAGCGAUUGAGGUAGGGUUGACACGGUGAAUAAUUACGUGAAUUAUUUAUAAACUAAUAUUAUUUAUUCAAAUAUUAUAAAUCUAUGUAAUUACGUGUUUUUGUAGUCUUACGUUUUAAUACCUGUCAUCAGAUGUAACCGGUGAGUCCUGUCGUAAAGAAGUGAUCUCAAACGUAGGCAGGGCCAGCUCACCACACGAUCACUGCCAUUGUUGUCUCGAAAAUGUACUCUAAAGUCAUAACAAUAAAGUCUAAGUUUACCUAAAGGCUGCAUCAUAGUUCUUCGUCAAUUCAUUGUCAUAAUAUACCAUCAUUUGUCAUAGAUUUUUGUUAAUAUGACACUCCAUUAAUUGAUGUCGUACCAAGAUUGUUGUUAAAGAUGUUAAAUGAAAAAAAUAAAAGAUUACUUAUUGUUAAAAUGAAAACUAUUAUAAUAAAAAUGAAUGAAUAUAAAUAAUUAUUGUUGUUGUUGCUUUUACAUUUUAGUGCAUUAACAUUUAAUUAUGGUCGUUUUUAUUUUAAAUGAAAAUUAUUCUUUUAUUUUUCUUCAUAAUUGUUGUCAUUAAUUAGAGAAUUUUUACUUUGUAAUGGAUUUAUGAGACAUCGACAAGUCACGCAGCAUUCAUAAUGAAAAAAAAAACUCAUUAAAUAUGACUGAUCAGAUUUUCACCACGAAGACGAUAAUUUACUGAACUUUUUCUUAUUUUUUCGUUAAAUAUUAUGUUAGUUUACUGUAAUAUAUAGAAUAGUAGCUAUAGUUUAUGUUAUGUUAAUGUAAAUUGGUUGUAUAUAAUUUUGAAUCAAUAAUCAAAUGUUUAGAGUUAAUAUGUAAUUGUUUUCGAUAACUCCUUGGACUUAAACCACAGAAGAGGUAAAUACUAUCGUAUGGUAGCUCGAUUAUGUUGAAAAAUUGUUGGUUUUUAUGUGUUUACCUGUUCUGCUGAGAAAUUUUAUUGAUCGUUGAGGAAAUACAACUCUUUUUAUUAUUAUUCUUUUUAAUAAAAAAUAUUUAAUGUGUACAUAAUUCUUAAUUUAGGCGUAUCGCUAAGCGUAUCUAGUGUUUAAUGUUUCUUUUGGGUAAAUAUUAUUUUGUUGAGUCUAAAAAAUUUUUUAUUCCUAUUAAAGUACCUUUUAACUUUCUUUUUUGUUAGAUAUUUUCUUGUCUACUUACUUUUAAGAUUAAGUGAUGUUUUAAAUGAUAAAAUCAUGAUCUAUUAUGGCGUCGCCAGAUGGCAAGUACAAGGAGCUAUUUAUGUUAAAAAUAUACUUACUGAUGUAAAUGUUAUGCGCUACUUAAUUUCGUUUUACGGUAGCUACAAGCACGGGUUCUAGGCUGCUUAAAACAGAUUUAUAUAAUUAUUUUAAUAAAAAAACAAAAUGCAAACAAUAACUUUGAGUGCCACCCCUAAUGGUGUAAUUAAAAGUAUAAAUAAAGUUGUCUAUGCUUACUUAGGGUUGGCAGUCAUUGUAAAACGGGUCUCGAAACAGAUAGUUACCAGAUUGAAUCCUACAAUGUAAUAAUGAUUAUAAGAGAAAUGACAUCUACACACUGUGGAAUAAAUAAUAAAACUAUAUUUUAUAAUUAUAUUACAAAAUAAAAUAUAUUCUUUAUACAUAUAAUAAUAUUUUUAUAAAAUACAUUGUAUAGUAACUAUUUAUAAAAAAACGUAUUUUCUCUCUCUCUAUGUCUUUUUAAUGCUAUUUAUAUACACAAACCUAUUUAAUAUUUAUAUAAAAAAUAAACAAAAGACUUGUAUAAAUAUUUCUAAAAACAUAUCUUGUGUGUAGACGUCAUAAUACUAUACUCCGUCCCGUUUUUACCUGCUUUUAUUUAAACAUAUACAUAUAAUAUAUAAAAUAAGCCUAAGCACAUGAAAUAUAUUUUCAAAUACUUUGUAUAAAUAUAAUAUAUAUAUAGAAAAUUAAAAUGUACUAAAGAAAAAUUGUUUUGGCUUCAAUUAAUACUAAAUAGGAGAGUAAGUUCCGAAAUAUUGUUAUUUCUUACAUUUAUGUGAGACAAAGGCCUUAUGUACAAAUACUCAAACGCUACUCAAUUUUAGGACGCUCUCAAGACUAGUUCUGUCUCUACCAAUUCUAUAUAAAAUGACAGAGAUAGCACGAUAUUUAAGUGCAGCUUAAAAUUGAGUGGCAUUUCAGUAUUCCGGCGUUAGAUACAUAAUUAUGUCUUGUUUUCUUAUGCUUUGUUAAAAAAAAAUGUUGUUUUAUUUUUAAAGUUUUUUUUUCUACGUCGUCCAGAUGGUGCUAUAAGAUCAAAUCUUUCUAUACUUCUGAGCCAAAGACUAUUAUUUUUUUUCCUUAAUGUUUUGUUAUUGCGCGCGAAAAUUCAGACGCAUAUUGGUAAAUACAAAAAAAAUAUGAAAAAAUAAUCAAUGCAAAAUAAUGACUUGCACAAAAAGAAGUACAGAGUAUAUUGUAAAAAUGUUUUUUUUUAUGUUCACCAAUAUGCGUCUAUUUUCCUUUUCGGAAUGAGUUAUGUAUAAUUUAUACAAUAUAUAUUUUCUUUGACCUAUUUUGUAUAUUUCAAAGUCCUAUUUGGUAGGAAGGAAUGAGGCCUUGCUAAUUUUCUCUGACAAUAAUGUUAGUGGUAGCAGAACCACGUAACUUCGAUGUUAUAGGUGCAAUUAAAUUUAAUAUAUACCUAUUUAAUAGAAAAAUA